CGUUCCCGCCAUCACCGUGUGCGGCUCCACUGUCAACAACGCUGGAGCAGCUGAAUGCCGGCCAAAACCAGCUCUCUGCAGGCGGGACACACUUCAACACAGAGUUACGUCCUCCAAGUUUGAAUACCAGCUCGAACCCUCAUUGACAGGAUUUGUUUGCCCGUAAGUGCACCGCCAGGAUAGCAAGCCAUGGCAACCUUAGUGCCCAAACUCUCCAGUGGUGUCGCUGUACGGAUCCGUUUUUCCAGCCUUGAAUUCGGCACCACCAGAUGGAGAGAGGGGACCUUCGAGAUUUUGGAGAAGGAAAACAAAGUUAACCUCUGCCUGAGAUUCAGCUGUGGCGGGGCUCCAAAAACUUUCCAGCUGACCCAGAAUGUGAGAAGCAUUUCACAGAAUUUCAACCGGAUCAUGCUGACCUUGAAGGACACCAGUGUCAUCUCCUUCGAUAAGAUGCCCCCAUCUUUGGUGCAGAGAACAAAAGAAUACCUGGAAAAGCUGAAACAAGGAAAGCCAGUUUUAAAGUCAUCCCAUGGAAGUGCAAACUUAAGUGUCCUUGGUAACCGCUCUAUGAAAAAUGAGACCAGCCCAUCAGGGGAAAAACAGACUCCUAACAUGUUUCAGACAACACCGAGGCGGCAGAGUGCAGAAGGCCGAGAGGACACAACCCCACGGAAGCCUUUGAGUAGCCCAAGCAGAGCAGCCUCCACUCCCACCCGCACUGGACUGUCUGAAAACAGGGGCGAGAAAAGAAAGCGACUACUUACCUCUGAAAGUGACCUCAGUGAGGAUUACCCCAAAGAAAAUGACUCCUCAAGCAACAACAAGGCCACUUCAGACCCGUCCAGGAAGUUUCUUCUGAGCUGCAAAGAAAAGUUGAAGCAGACGGAAGAGAACAGGAGCGCAGCUCCACUGGGCACAAGUCCACUUCAGCCAACGUCAUUUUAUGGCAGCCGAUCUGUAACUAAAGACUACGCCCAGAGCCACACUUUUCUGGACAGGUCUGCCAGUACCACACAAACGACACCAGCCAAGAGAAGCCUCUUGCUCCCCAACCACUCCACUCCCUACAAGAAGGUGCGGCCCUCGCUUGACUAUGGUGGCUGGAACAAGCAGAGGCCAUCUACCUUAGCCCAGACGCAGCCUCCUCUGCAAGGAUUUUCCAACCUUGGAAACACUUGCUACAUGAAUGCCAUAUUGCAGUCGCUCUUCAGCCUGCCUUCCUUCUCCAACGACAUGCUGAAGCAGAGCAUCCCUUGGAAGAAGGUCCCCAUUAAUGCUUUGCUCAGGCGUUUCGCUCACCUUAUGGUUAAGAAAGAUGUGGGCUGUCCAGAGACAAAAAAGGACCUGUUGAGGAAAGUGAAGAGUGCCAUCUCGUCAACAGCUGAGCGUUUCUCUGGAAACAUGCAGAAUGAUGCUCAUGAGUUCUUGAGUCAGUGUUUGGACCAGCUCAAGGAUGAUGUGGAGAAAAUGAACAAGAGUUGGACAAACGAUACAGCGCCAUCUUCAUCUGUAGUAUGCGAGAACGGCCAGGAGGCAACAACGGCGUCAUCUGCAGACAAGUUGGAACCUGGUGACGAAGUGGACACCUCCCGCAUCUACACAUGUCCGGUGGCGGUCAACAUGGAAUUUGAGGUGCAACACACAAUCUGCUGCAAAGGCUGCGGUGAAGUGGUAACCAAACGCGAGCAGUUCAAUGACUUGUCCAUUGACCUGCCACGAAGAAAGAAGACCCUGCCACUUCGCUCUAUUCAAGACUCGCUGGAUCUCUUUUUCAGGAUGGAGGAAAUUGAAUACUCAUGUGAAAAGUGCAAUGGCAAAGUGGCAACUGUUACACAUAAAUUCAGCAAACUACCCAGAGUGCUCAUCCUGCACCUGAAACGCUACAGCUUUAACGCUCAGCUGUCUCUGAACAGUAAGCUAGGUCAGCAAGUGGUGAUCCCCCGAUACUUAACCUUGCUGUCCCACUGCACUGAAUCAACAAGACCUCCCAUCAGUCUUGGCUGGAGUUCCCAAGCUUCUGUAUCGAGAACACUUAAGAUAUCACAGUCAGUCAACUCUUCCAACCCUCUUCGGAGGACUGGAGGAAAAGUUUCCAACUCUAGCUCCACCUAUAUCCUUUUGGACUCUGACUGUGAAGAGGAGCCGAUCAGGAAGGUGCAUGCAAGCCGCAGGCGGCGGCUCAGCACCUGUCUGCCUGAAGACGAUGAUCGUCCAGAACAGAAGGCAGCAACAGGGGAUUCAGCAGAUUUCAGUGGCAUAAAUGAUGACGAAAUGCUGGCCGCUGUGCUGGAGAUGAGUCGUCAGGAGGCUGGGCUGUCUGCGCCACCUGCCCUAGAGGAUGAGCCAACGAGCAGCCCUGACACAGGGUUUGGAGACACAGAUGCUGACCUGGCUUAUCAUGCAGAUCUGCUUGAAACGGGCAAUAAACAACCCUCAGAUGCGCUGGAUUCAUUGGACUUGACCAUGGAUGAAAACAAGGAGAACCAGACUCCAGAGGGCGUGCAGCAACAAGGGGAGUUGGAUUGGGUUCAGCAGUACAGUCUGGAUCAGGAGAGGGAAGAGCAGGAGUUGCAGCAGGCUUUGGCCCAGAGUCUCCAGGAGCAUGAAGCGCAGGAGAUGAGAGAGGAUGAUGAUCUGAAGAGGGCCACUGAGCUCAGUUUGCAAGAGUUUAACAACUCCCUGCCUGAGCUGCUGUGUUCAGAUGAUGAUUCUGGAAAUGAGGAUGUGCUGGACAUGGAAUACACCGAGGCAGAGGCAGAGAACCUGAAGAGAAACGCUGAGACUGGAGACCUGGCCAAUUCUUAUAGGCUUAUCAGUGUUGUGAGUCACAUUGGAAGCAGCUCCUCGUCUGGCCAUUAUAUCAGUGACGUCUAUGACAUGAAGAAGCAGUCUUGGCUGACCUACAAUGACCUGGAUGUGUCGCGCACACAAGAAGCAGCCGUGCAACGCGACCGUGACCGUAGUGGAUACAUCUUCUUCUACAUGCACAAAGAUGUGUUUGAGCAGUUGUCUGAGAUGGAGAGGUCUGGAGCCAGCAGUUCUUCAGAAGCAGCGAGGAACGUCCUGCAGCCCCUCUGAGCUCAAAAUUUCUGGACGAGCGCUACAUUUCUGGACAAGCCCAUGUGCAUACUCUCAUCCACAGCUGAUCCCUGCUCAAGGAAGCUGUCCUGCUAACAACCUUCUGUGCUACUGAUUGCCGUCCUUUCUUGGUUGUCUCCAGACACGUCUUUCUCCUCUAAAUAUUUCUAAUUGCCAUGUUAAACAAACACCUGCUUUUGCCAAUACAGGUGGCAAACUGUUAAGACUCCUUAAGAUACCAGAAAUGCAGUUACAAAUGUUAGGAGGAACAAUUUUUGCCUCUCUGUUUGGGGCCCAGUUUUUCUUUGUUAGGGUUUCAUUAAUUGUUUUUCUAUUUUUUUUUUUUUUUUUUUUUUUCUAAAUGAGCUUCUUUGAAUAGACUUUUUACGUUAAAAUGAUCAAACACCCAGAUGCUACUGGUGCUGCGUGGACUGUAUAUUUGCAAACCCUUUAUUUCCAGUAUAACCUAAAUAAAAAUAUAUUUUAUGUUGGAGUAUAAGCUAUUAUAGUUCUAGAGGGUGGCUGUAAUUUAGCGGGUACUUUUGGUGCAAUAUUUAUGUUAGGGCACAAACCAGUUCAGAUCAGCUUUCUGUACGUUUGAAUGAUUUCCCAGUUUCUUUUUGUGCUUGACUUUCAAACAGAUGUGUGUAUGGUUAUUUCCAGUUUUCAUAUAUAUAUAUAUAUAUAUAUAUAUAUAUAUAUAUAUAUAUAUAUAUGAACAGAGACGCCUGUUAGUUACUGAGCUUUUUCUCAGUUAAACUCACAUUAUUCUUUUUGUGAGUUUUGACCUUGUGCCUCCCAAGAAAACUUUUAUAAAUAUGUAUACAAGCUUUAUUUUGAAAGGUGCACAAGCUUGUUUUUGAAUGUGUGUCAGACCUUAAUGUGCAAGUCAGAUGUUCCUGUGUGUUUAUGUGUAUAUAUAUAUAAAGCCAACAGAUUUUUCUAUUAAUUGCAACAUAGGGUUAAUUUGUCUUAAUUAGCCCAAAAUAAGUCAUAAGAGAAUAGAUGGCAUUUCCAAUCACCUAGAAAGGCAUUUACAGUAUGAUUUUUAUGUCUCCAUCUGAGGCCUGUGAAAGUUGAGUUAACAGCAUAGAUCCCAGCUAACCCUCUUCAGUUAGUUCUCAUCAGGCAUGUUGGCUGAUAGAAUGGACCGUGGAAGUAUUUUUGUUGGUUCCAGUGCAAGAGGAGUUCUUUCUUUUAAUCACUGUAAAAAUGAAGUCACUCUAAAAUAUGCCUUUUAUGUGCCACGUUUGAUUUAAUUAGUCACAAUUCAUCCUAAUUUUCUCAAAUUUGCAAAAUAUAACAAUUACAUUUUUAAAAGAAAUUAGAGCAAAUAUGACACGUGGGCAGGGCCUUUGUAUUUGGGCAUUUUCAGAAGUACAGAAUACUGUCGCAUGACAACUUGAUUAGGGCAGUUGUGAGAUGAGGACACAAUUUACAAAUUUGUUCUCAUCUCACAACUUAGGUUUUAGAAACCCUUUGCUUUCCUGAACAUCCUGCUUCAAAUGUUGUGCAAAGAGGGUAAAAUAUAUUUGUGAAGUGGGAAUUAAGCUUUUUUUCUACUCUUCAUACACAACUGAUUCUUCCAAAAGCAGAUUUUAAUGAAAAAAAAAAUACAAUGAAAGAACAAACUUUUUAAAAGUUGCUUUUAUAAAUUUCUUCUACACACACCUACAGCUUGAAAAGGAAAUAUUCACAAUCUAACUUAAAAAUGUCUAUUACAGAGGAUUUAAGUCAUUUAACAUUUGCAGCAAAUAUUCAUUGUGAAUAAGACGGCACUGUUUUUUUUAAAUAAUUGAUUACGAACCACAGUAGUGAAUAAAAUUAUUCUGUCUGGACUUUGCAGAACAGUAAGUGCAUCUUUGAACUGUGAAGUUUGCAGCAGUCAUUGUCACCUGUCUUGACUGCAUCUGUUCAUCAACGGUUCUAGAUGUCGACCUGUGAGUCUGUUGUACUCACUGAGAAUGUAGCUUUCCCUCUGCAGCAUCUAUAAGAAAAUAACACAAUCUUUUAAUAUUUACACAUAUUAACUUGGAUGUCAAUGACUUUAAGAUUUAUAUAUUGAGUUUUGAAUAGAAAUAAGGGAAUAAAUGACAAUUAAAAAAAAUGAUGGAGUAAAGUUUUCUAUUUAAACUCAUUUCAUGAUUGUUAUGCUUGGAGUGGGAAUUUGAACAAACUGCUCAUUAUAAAGUUUACUUUAAAAAGUUUCAAUUGAAGAAACAGUUCAUUUUGUAAGUGUUGUCAAUACUAAUGAUUGGGAUAUCAAAAUCAGAAUAUAAGUUACAAACUAAAGAUACACCAAGAUGUGUAUUUUUGGGGAUGUUUGGGAAAAAAAAUGUAACACAUUUGGACCAAAUUCUGUUAGUUGAGGAUCAAGAAAUCUUCACUUAGUGAUCACCAUACCAACCUCGGCCCAUUCUUCCUCUGUCUCAUGUCUGUACCCCAACAGGUGACAGAUACCAUGGGCUGUGACAACCUAAGACCCGAAGACAAAUGGGGAACAACUUGUCAGUGCCAAUUGACUACAUUAUUGUAGACACCAGUAAAUGUAGUGGUGUCCAACAUACUGUAGAGGUUUUACAGGUGUAGGUAGGUGAUAGAAAGACAUGUUUCUUAUUCGUUUUCAAUUCUUACGCUAUCAUGAACCACUAUGAAUGGCUUAGCUCCCUCCUACAUGGUUGACAUGCUCACUGAAUACAUACCGGACAGAUCCCUUAGAGCAGUGGUUCUCAAAUGGGGGUACGUGAAGGCACUCCAGGGGGUACGUGAGAUUUUAAAAUAUACAUAUAUUUAAAAAGUAGCAUCCAUGCAAAAAUCCUUUAAAAAAAAAUAUUUCAUAAAUAAUUGAGGAAAAUAUAAGUCUAAAUUCAUGAAAUGAAUUCUAUCUUCAGGAGUAGGCUAUUCAACUUAUUAUCCUAAAACCGCAGAGUAUCCCAAACAUCAGGAUGGUUCCACCUAACCUGUCAAAUGCCACCUGGCUUCACCUGUCAAUCACUUGGACCAACGAUGGAGUCGUGGUUGAAGCGUAGCAGCAAUAUUUUUAUGUUUAAUAAAUCAGUUACUGAUGGCACAGUGCUCUGUUUUAGGUCUUUUUUUUUACAACCAAAAGUGCUUUGCGCUGUUUAGGGGGUACUUGGCUGAAAAAACAUUUCACAGGGGGUACAUCACUGAAAAAAGGUUGAGGACCACUGCCUUAGAUCAUCAAAUAAGAGUCUUCUCAUCAUACCUAGAAUUUACACUAGAUCUGCUCAUGGUGCUUUCAGUCACUACUACACUCUCCUUGCCGCAGGAACUAAGGUCUGCUCCAACAGUGCCCUCUUUCAAAAGCAGACUAAAAACUUACCUUUUUGCACAGGCGUUUCAGUAAAGUCAACAUGGUUGGCUGGGUGAUCGCACUUUUGUUAAAAUUGAAUUAUUAUUGUUUUUCUCUUGACAUACUUUUGUCUGUUUCUGUUAUUGUAAACCUGUAAUUUUGUUGUUUGUUUGUUUAUGUAUUUGAGCACAUUGAGUCCAUGCUCAUCAUAUGAAAUGUG